AUGAUGUUUCCAGGUUCGGCGGGUACACCACACUCGAUGCGAGAGCCGUCACAGAUUUUAUCUCCGGGCGGUAUGCGUAUGCAAAUGCAACAGCAGCAAAUGGGAAUGUGCAUGCCAGGCCGUUCUCCAUUGGGCAGUCCAGGCAGUAUGCAUCCACCGCCGUCACCGUAUUUGGCCCGACCUCCGUCAAAUACAUCACCAUCAGCAGGCGCACCCCCCUACAUGCAACCGCAACCUCCUCAAGGAGCAGCCAUGCACUAUGGUGGAAAUCCGAUGCAAUCGAUGCAACAACAAACGUCGUCAGGUUUGUUCUUACGAACUGUUUGUUGUAUCAAGAUUAUUCAUCCACAUAUCUUUUUACUUGUUUCCAUUCAAUUGAUAGUGUUUACGGGAUAUUUUAUGAGGAUAUAA